AAGCGCAGUAACUUUCGUUUUCCCUGCAGCGGGUUUAUGUCGCGCCUCGUAGUCGUUCGGCUGUCCCAGAUUGGAAGCCGAUCAACAGGCUACAUCCGAAGAAAGAAAUGGCACGGCGCACUAUGUCCCUUAUUCCUCAGUGGUCCUCUCGUGUUUUUUCAGUGGAGCUGAAUGGAGCACCCUUCUACUUUUCAACUCGAGAGAAGCACCGGGGAGAAGAAGUGCCGCGGGUGUUCAGAGAAGUACAGAACUAUGCGAGGCUUUACUCCCUCCUUGUCUGCAGCAGCGACAAAAUCAGACGUGCCAAGUUUUACGCGGAGCUGAAAGACAAAUUGUUGCGAGAGUUGCCGCCAGAGUGUCAUUUGUCUCCCAUGUCCUCUUUUCUGCCAAAUGUCAGGGAUUCUCUCUUAAAUGGGUACUUUUUGAAAGAUAAUUCAGAGAGUUCAUCCCAGACUGAGCGACUUUUGAGAGAUGUAUCACAGCGUGAUCCGGUGUUUGUGUGUUCAUACUUGAAAUGUGAGGACGGGCAACUGUGGACUCAGCAUCUGUGGCCUCACGCAGAUAGCCCAACGAUGGAAAUGUCAAAGGAUUACUAUGUGGUACCCUCAGAAGCGCCAGAAUAUCACCCAUCAACACUCAACAUCAUCAACUCCGAUGUUUUCUACAGUUUUGAGGAGGCCUACGCAGUUCUAGAAAAGUGCGGUGACAUCAUCCCAGAGGCGAUGUCUGUGCUGGAGCUGCUGCCCAGCAGAGCGGAGGCCAGACGUAAACCAGACUUCCCUGUUAUUGUCAUAGAGGGCCUGGAUGCCACAGGUAAAACCACUCUGACUGAGUCUCUGAGGGAUGCUCUAGGGACCUCUCUUUUAUGGUCCCCUCCCCAGUGCCUGUCCCCCAUGAGGGCCCGCUUUGAUCGAGAGCCGCCCCUCAUCCGCAGGGCCUUCUAUGCUCUGGGGAACUACAUCACAGCUGAACAAAUAGGCCAGGAGGGCAUGAAGAGGCCUGUCAUCGUUGACAGAUUCUGGCACAGCACCGCAGCGUAUGCCAUUGCCACAGCAGUGAGCGGUCAAGUGUGCAACCUUCCAGCAGAGGGUUCGGAGGUUUACCGUUGGCCCAGUGACCUGCUCCAGCCCAGCCUUGUGGUCUUACUCACCCUGGACCAGGAGGAGAGGAAGAGGAGACUGGGGAACAGAGGUCAAGGAGAGACGAAAGAGGAGCAAGAGCUGGACCACAACCAGCUUUUCAGACUCAAAGUGGAGACGGCUUACCAGAGGAUCAGUGGGCCACCAUUUGUCACUGUGGAUGCUAGUCCUUCUGCAGACCAAGUGCUCCAGCAAGUGCUGCUUUUAAUUAGGGGCAAAUGCCACUUGUAAACAGUUUUCCAUCUCUCCUGCUGUCGGCCAAGCAUCAAGUGGGCGCAGUACCUCCUUUUACCGCUGGGUGCCAGUAAGGUGUUGUGAAUGCACCAGGAGGAGGAAUUGUGGCCAGAUUGGAGUGUGGAGAAGAGAUUAUUUUCAGAAUGAGUAAAGGUUGAAUGGCCAGGGGCCAGAACUGCAUGCUACAAUCAGAAAUACAUAUUCAUGUAGACACAAACAUGUAUGCACUGAUAUUGACACACACACACUCACACACAAAACUAUCGUCAAGAAGUGUGCACUUACAGUAACCACCGUUGUGACCUCUCAGAAAUGAGACACAGUGUAGCCGCACUUAUUGACUAUCACUUGUAUUUGGACCGACACGGAGGACAUGGAUGGCAACAUUUAUAUAAGCACCAUUGAGUUCGAUUUCAUUUUAGCACACAAACCAAUCUCAGAAUAUAUACAUUCAGAUAAAUAUAUGUUUCAAAUUAAAAGAAAAUAAAACCAA